CCGUCAUCGACGCCGAAACGAGGGCCGCCGUUGCUCACGACGACACGCAAGAGAUACGACGAGAGAUGUCUCGCCUACCGCGCCUGCAAUCCUCCCCGACGGCCGUGCCGCCAACGAUCACGACGCGCAAACGCGCCGCGGCCGAAAUGCAACAAGAACAGGUAGCGCCUGCCAGCCGCAAGCGCAAAGCCGUCGACGACGAUGAAGACGAGGACGAGGCGCGCGACCAACCGCGCAAGCUGCCAGCGAUUGGCAUAGGGCGCGCGAAACCGCUGCAGCCAUCGCGGUCGACGACGAACACACUCGCUCGACCCACCACUCGUUCAGUAUCCGGCGGCAGCCUCGCUCAAUCCAACAAUGCGCGCCCCAAGCUCACUGUACCUCGCGGGCCCGCACCCUCCCGAUCAACGAACCUCGGCCGCUCGACCCGCGGCACGAGCGCCCCGCCCGCGGGCGCCUCCUCCGUCAAGCCACCGUCCCGCCCGGGCUUCAACGUCUCCACCAACCGCAAGCCACCCUCUGCUUCCUCCACCACCACCCAACCCCCCUCCACCCACCGCCUCUCCGUCCUCCACUCGCGCCUCGAAACCCUCGAGGCGCACGCGCUCGCCGCCGACAUGGACGCCGAGCGCGCCAAGGCCGCCGCGAUCCAGUCCACGCUCGUCGCCCAGCGCGAGGAGCACCUGGCGGGCCGGCGCGCGCUCGCCGCCGCGCAGGACGAGCUCGCGGACGGGAAGCGAGCGUGGGCGCGCGAGCGGGAGGAGCUCGAGGCGGACGGCCGCCGGCGCGACCGCGAGCUGAGGGAGCUCGGCGAGGACCUGCGGAUCGCGCGCGCGGAUUUGGACCGCGCGCGGGGCGAGGCGACGGAGCUGAGGGCGGCGGUGAGCGCGGGGAGCACCGCGCAGCUCACGCUCCAGGCGCAGAAGGCGGCGCUCGAGGCGCGGUGCGAGGCGCUGGCGUCACAGCUUGAGGCGGUGACGACGGGCAAGGAGAACGUCGCGAAGGAGAACGAGGACCUGCGCGCGGAGGUCGCGCGCUUGAAGGCGCAGGCGGUCAAGCACGAGGAGAUCCGCCGACGGAUGCACAACGAGAUCCAAGAGCUGAAGGGGAACAUUCGCGGCCGCGGCUGGGCGAGAACGAGGGGGCCGGGUCCGCUUCGAUGGCGUCCGACAUCCCUGCGACGGAUUUGGGCGGAGCCCGUCGCUCGCGAGGGGCUGCGCCUAGGUGCGGGGGGCGACGCGCGGGGGUGCAGGGGAGGGGAAGGGGGAGGGGGGGACAUAGCAGGUAGCACGUCGUACUUACUUCAAUGA